UCUGCUGCAGCUGGGAAGCAGGUUGUGUGAUGCAAGAUGAGCCGUUUCCUGAAUGUACUCCGUAGCUGGCUAGUUAUGGUGUCCAUCAUUGCCAUGGGGAACACAGUGCAAAGCUUCAGAGAUCACAGCUUUCUCUCUGAGAAGCUGUAUGCAGGCAAGCCAACAAAUGGCCUUCAGGCUCGGACCUUUGGCAUCUGGACUUUGCUCUCUUCUGUGAUCCGCUGCUACUGUGCCAUUGAUAUCCGCAACAAAACGUAGGUUCAGGGAUGAUAAAGUGGGGGAGGGGGA